AACUUUUUUGGAAAGACGUAGAUCAUGGAGAACAUCGAUAUAUACACGACACCGGCUGGUUCAGCCCCUCCAGGGUAUACAGCUGGCAUUUCUGAGACGCCUUCGCAGCAGCCGGGGCUUGUGGCAGCCGCUGCAGUCUGCUUGACGCUGACCGCCAUCUUCGUUGCCAUCCGCAUAUUCACAAAGGCAUUCGUGAUUCGCGCUGUCAAAGUUGAGGACUAUGCUCUCCUGUUCGCUGAAGUCGGGCUUGCAGCCUUUGUCGGGGUCAUCGUCACGAGCGGCGUCCACGGCCAAGGGCGCCAUAUUUGGAAUGUUUCCAUCGCAGGUGUCAUGGCCGUUGCCAACUUCUCCAAUAUUUCAGAGAUCCUGUACGGGCCGACGAUGUUUGCAGCAAAGUUUUCCGUGCUCAAGCAGACGGAGCGCAUCUUCUGUGGCACCAAGCAUGACUCUGUCUAUUGGUGGAUUCAGGCUAUGAUCUGGGCCAAUGGCUUGUUCGACUUGAGCAUUUUUAUCGCCUUUCUUUGCGCCUGCAUACCCCGUGAGAAGCUAUGGGAUACGACGCUGCCCGGCACCUGUAUCUCUACCAACGGCUCCAUUAUCGCUACGUCGAUCAUCAACAUCGUCUCGGACUGGUCUGCGUUGAUACUGCCGCUCAUCGUCAUCCGCCGUCUACAAAUGG